AUGACAUCUAAAUCAUUGAUUGCAUUGUUGGUGUUGGCUGCAGUGCUUGCCACAUCUGUUAAUGCUGUUGUCAACACACCACUGUAUCGCCAGCGCUUUGCCAAGCAACGCGAGACACUCCCACAGCCAGACAUCAUGUCCAACGAGACCUUCUGGUUCACUCAGGUGAUUGAUACUUGGUUCGAUGGUAGUGGACCUAUUUUCUUCUUCUUGGCAGGUGAGGCACCAAUGGGCUUCUUCAACUUCCAGGAGGUUCAGAUCUGGGACUGGGCACAGAAGUUUGGCGCACUCUACGUCGUGUUGGAGCAUCGCUUCUACGGUGACUCGAACCCCACCAACGACUUCUCCACCAACAACCUGCGCUUCCUGACCAGCCAGCAGGCGCUGGCCGACGCCGCCAACUUCCUCACCACGUUCAAGGAGGAGCGCGGCCUCACCGCCAACCCCGCCGUCGUCUUUGGCUGCUCGUACAGUGGCGCACUGUCGGCCUGGUUCCGUCUCAAGUACCCACAGCUCGUCGUGGCCAGUGUGGCCCCCAGUGGACCCGUGCUCGCCCAGCUCAACUUCACGGGCUACUACUCACAGUUCUCCAACUCGGCCGCACCCGACUGCGUCAGCACCGCACAGCAGGCCACCAACCAGAUCAUGGCGCUCACACAGACCCAGUCGGGUCUGCAGCAGCUGCAGACCAUCUUCAACUCGUGCAAGUCGCUGAGCAACCCCCGCGACCUCUACAUGUUCCUCUACACGCUCACUGAGGCGCUCGGCUCGGCCGACCAGAUGAACAACCCACCCACCUGGGGUCUCAACACGACCUGCAACACGCUGACCCAGGCCAGCUCCAACCUGCUCCAGAACUGGGCGCAGAUCGUCACUGGCGGCCAGUCGCAGUGCCAGGACUACAGUCACCAGUCCUUCAUCAACUCGAUGCGCAAGGUUGCGCUCCACGACCAAGAUGGCAGCCGUGCCUGGAUGUGGCAGACAUGCGUUGAGUUUGGCUACUACAGCACCACCUAUCCAGGUACCAGUGUGUUCCCACCCGUCCUCAACGUCGAGGAGCAAGUUCGCUGGUGUUCCGAAGUCUUUGACGUCCAAAACAUGACACCCAACAUCGACUGGACCAACGCCUUCUAUGGUGGACAAGAUAUCCAAGGUACCAACAUCAUGUUUACCAAUGGUCUCCUUGAUCCAUGGCACUUGCUCAGUGUUAACGCUGACAAUGUACCAGGCACUGUCCAGGCUGUUACUUAUGAGGCUGGUCACUGUGGUACAUUGAUCCAGUCGACAUCCAUUGAUCCACCAUCACUCAUCCAAGCUCGUCAAGGAGUGAUCAGCUUCUUGUCUCUUAUUCUUGCACAUUAA